CUGCAGCAGAGAAGCAGAGAGGAGAAAAGCAGGAGAGAGAGAGAGGGAGAGGGGACAGGUGAGACGGGACAGCGGCACCCAUAGCAAACACAGCUCCGUGGAGACCCAGAUCGGCGCGGCUCCUCGCUCGCUGUCCAGCGGUAAAAAGGAGCAGAUUCAUCGCAGAUAGAUAGAUAGAUUAGGGGGAGGAAGGAAACAACUGGGCGCAACAGCGACGGCCGAGAUGUGGUGAAAGAGAGAGCUGCUCCUGCCUGCCUGGGGAAAGAAAGAGAGAGAGAGAGAGAGUAGAGCAAGGAAAAACAUCACAAGAAAAGCAUGCACAAACGAGGAGGAGGAGGCGACCAGUAGCCAGCCCCUGAUUCCGCGUCCAGUCCAGUCCAGUCCAGUCCAGGGAGGGGGCGGAUCAUGGCCGCCGUCAUGGAUUUGGAUCUCAACUGCGCGCCGCCGUCGCCGGAGCCGGCGCCCCAGGACCACCGCCUCGCCCACGCAAUGCUCCGCCAAGAACACGCCUACCGCCACCAGGUGGAGGACCUGCACAGGCUGUAUUGGGCGCAGAGGAAUCUCCGGCCGGAUGCCCCCUUCUGGGAGCAAUCCCACGACGUCCUCUACCCCAUUCCCACCCGUUCCACGGCCAUGGCCACUUCCUCCCGAUCCCACAUCCACACGAUUGAUCCGGAUCCGUCAGGAGGCAAGCAGGCCAUCUGGUGUGGCAAUGGGGUCGCAGGGAGUUUGGGUGCUGGGGAGGGUUCUUCUGCCAGGAGGAAACCUGACCAUGGUGGUGGUGUGCAGGGGAGGUCGUCUGGUUAUCGCCGUAUGAUCGAUCUAGAGAAGCCGGCGAUGUCCGAGGACGACGACGAUGAUGAUGAUGUGGAGAUCUUGUCUCCUGCUCGGUUCAGUGACUAUGCCAAGCGCAGUGCUGGGUUUGUGGAUAAUUCCCAGUGUUAUCAGAGGGAAAAUGCUGCUGCCCAUGUCCGUUUUGGUUCAACUGGAUCUAGCGAUACCCCAGACAGUCAUUCACCAGUCAAAGCAAAGGCUACUGCAUCUGGCCGCAUGCUUAUCGACCUGAAUAUAGCUCAAGAAGAUGAUUUAAAUGUUUGCCCUGAUUCUUCCAAAAACGUGUUCUGUUCUCUUUUGGCUAGUUCAAGAACAAUGCAAUCAGGAGAAGGUUGCAGCAACUCCAGCAAAGCAUUCCACAUCGGAGGUGAAUCUAGCAUUGGAUCCUCAAAAGGGUCUUCGAUCACAGUUGCGGCAUCAAUGCCGGCCCCAGACAGCACAAGGGGAGUGAUGGCCAGAGGAGGUAUUUGUGACCCACAGAGCAGUUCUAAGCCUUUCCGUGUGGAGGCUUCAAAUCAUGACGUGCGUCUCAGAGGAAAUAUCCAGCACCAACAUACGCUAGAUAAUGUCUCUGGAAUGAGUUCUCAGGCCUCUAUGGAAAUUCCACGUGAAGAGAUGUCAGUUAGGGCGAGCGGUCGACAUUCUUCUUCUUCUUCAGAUUUACGAAAAAUAGGAGGACAAACAGCUGUGUAUAGGGAGUGCCAAGAGGAGAGUCUAGCAGUAAUCUGUGAUGAUGAAAUGGAGGGUUUUGACUUGAAUGUGUCAGUUGGAAGCAUCGAGCUCCCAUCGAUGAUGGAUAGCAGUCCCAGAGAGAAACAUGCAAGUAGUAGUGAUGGUGUUGACAAGCUUCUAAGUCAUUACUUUACUGAGGAUAAGGUCCAGGAAAACAUUUCUUCCCUUGAAUGUCCAACUGUCAUAGACCAACAACACAUGGCUGAGAGUAUGGAUGGUAAAAGUGUACGGUCGCCAGACUCUGGAGUUGCAACAAACAGGUCGAUGUCGAUUCCAGAAACUCCUCAAGGUCGUGACUACGCUUGUCCAAGAUUGAGACCAUCAAGUAACGGAGAAUCAAAUUCUAUGAACGCGCCCAUCACAUAUCAAGUUGUGGCAGAAGAUGAGCUACUAGCGUCCACAGCAGCUCAGACACUCGUUUCCUUAUUCACGGAUAGCGCUGCGUGGAUCACAGACAGCCACUGCAGCAACAACCAGGCAGAUGCUCAGGAUGGAGGCGAUGAACCGCAGGUCUCGCUGGACUCUUUCGAGGAAGGCGUGAUGAACCUAGAGGCUCUGAGAGACGACGGUGAUUCAGCCACCGUGACAGCGCCGGACAAGGACGGGCCUUCGUGUGGGAUCAAGCUGAGGAGAGGGAGGGGGAUGAGAGACUUCCAGAGGGAGAUAUUGCCCGGGCUGGUCUCCCUCGCGAGGCACGAGAUAUGCGACGACUUGCAUGCUAUAGGGUCCAGGGACAAGUACGGCCCGUCGACCCGGUCAAGGCUGCCUCGGCGUUGCUCCAAUGCAUGGAACUACUGAGGGUUUUUCCAUACCGA